UUACGUUGUAUCUUCCUUUUUCCGGUUGCCAUCCACAUAAGUAAUGGCUCCAAGAACCAAAGGGUCAAAGAAAGGGGACAAAAAGGUGUUGACAGAAGUCAUCACAAAGGAGUGUACCAUUCACCUUCACAAGAGGAUUCAUGGAAUUGGAUUUAAGAAGAGGGCACCCCGUGCUAUCAAAGAAAUUCGCAAAUUUGCUGAAAAGAUGAUGGGCACCCCUGAUGUUCGAGUAGACACAAGACUUAACAAACACAUCUGGUCUCAGGGCAUCAGAAAUGUUCCAUACAGAGUUAGAGUAAGACUGGCACGCAAGAGGAAUGAAGAUGAAGACUCUGUACAUAGGCUGUAUACCCUAGUCACAUAUGUGCCCUGUGCUUCAUUUAAAGGUACACAGACCAUAAAUGUUGAUAAUGAAUAAACAUGUACAGAGAAUGAUA